GGAGGCUGCAUGUAUUCCUUCUGUGGUUUGCAACUCUUCGAUCACGAUGAGCCCGUCCGAUGACUUCUACCUGCGCUACUAUGUCGGCCACAAGGGAAAGUUCGGCCACGAGUACAUGGAGUUUGAGCUCCGUGCGGAUGGCAAGUUGCGGUAUGCCAACAACUCCAACUACAAGAACGACACGUUGAUCAAGAAAGAAGUGACCUUGUCGCAGUCUGUCAUUGAAGAAGUGAAGCGAAUCAUCGAAACCAGCGAGAUCAUCAAGGAAGACGACUCCAAGUGGCCUGAGAGCGACCGUGUCGGGAAACAAGAGCUCGAGAUCAUCCACAACAACGAACACAUUUGCUUCACGUGCGCAAAAAUUGGCUCGCUGCUUGACGUCCAGGACAGCAACGACCCGGAAGGCCUUCGCGUGUUCUACUACCUCGUUCAAGACUUGAAGUGCUUUGUGUUUUCCCUCAUCACGCUCCACUUCAAGAUCAAACCCAUCCCAUAAGAACACCGCCGACGUUGACAUUCCCCCCUGCAACAGAUAUAAUAUAUAUACAUAUAUAUUGUGCUGCAUAUCGAGAA